GGUCUCCCGGGACUCGCAGGGUUGUUGACCGAGCCAGGCCUGAUGUAACUGGGGUGGCAGAGGAGGGGGCUGAGGCUGGGGAUUUCCCUCACUCCUAGCACAGCCCUCUCCUUGAUCUCAAGGAUAAGGUAGAGGCUGAAAAAUGAGGAACUUUCCCAGCCCACCCCUCAUCCCUGCCUGCGCUGGUAGGAGGAGCCCUAAAGUCCUUCCCCCAAAUUCUCGGCCGGCCGGUGAUGCUGACCCACCUGCCUGCUCUCCCUAGCCCGGCCCCACCCCACCCCACACAUCCCAGAGAGGGAGGGGGAAGGUACCAGCCUAAGCGCGGGGGCUAGGGAGGAGAUGAGGGGGAAAUAAGUCAGAACCUCGGAAAGCCAAACUUCUCAGCAGUCCGGGAGCCCAGAGGGGGGAAGAGAAAGAGCAGCAGCCGAAAGCCCUGGUUCUCGGGAGCCUCCCACCCCGCCUCUCCGCAAGGAGGGCGCGGAGACACCGCCGGGGGCGGAGGAGGAGGCCGGGAGGCGGGGAGGGGGGGAGGCAAACCCUGCCCACUCGGCUCCGAGCCCAGAACGGCCGCAGAAGUCGGAGGCCGGUGCGCAGGGCGAAGAGGGCACCGGGGGCGGGGGGCUCCGCUCCCCGCCUGACCCCUCUCGCCCCAGCCAGGAAGGUGAAGGCUCCUCGGACUAUAGAGCCAGCGGAAGAACAGACCACAACCGCCGGGCGCUCCCGAUCGAAGACUUGCCCCACCCGCCCCCCUCCCCGCCCCACGGGGCUCCGAACUCACUGGUGAGCGCGGCGGCCCGGGCGCUGGAUGCGGGGGCAGCCGUGAUGGCCCCGCGCGCGGGACAGCCGGAGCACAGGGGCCCGCUGCUGCCGGGGCUGCUGCUCCUGGCGGCGGCGCUGAGCCGACCCGCCGCACCCUGUCCCUUCCAGUGCUACUGCUUCGGCGGCCCUAAGCUGAUGUUGCGCUGCGCGUCGGGCGCCGAGCUCCGGCAGCCCCCGCGGGACGUGCCACCCGACGCGCGCAAUCUCACCAUCGUGGGCGCCAACCUGACUGUGCUGCGCGCGGCCGCCUUCGCCGGCGGGGACGCGGACGGGGAGGAGGCGGAGGCGGCGGGUGGCGUGCGCCUGCCGCUCCUGACCGCUCUGCGCCUCACGCACAACAACAUCGAGAUGGUGGAGGACGGCGCCUUCGACGGGCUGCCCAGCCUGGCGGCGCUCGACCUGAGCCACAACCCGCUGCGCGCUCUGGGCGGCGACGCCUUCCGCGGGCUGCCCGCGCUGCGCUCCCUGCAGCUCAACCACGCGCUGGUGCGGGGCGGCCCCGCGCUGCUGGCCGCGCUGGACGCCGCGCUCGCCCCGCUCGACGAGCUGCGCCUCCUGGGCCUGUCGGGCAACGCGCUUAGCCACCUGCCGUCCGCCGCGCUGCGCCGGCCGCGCCUGGAGCAGCUGGACGCGCGCCUCAACGCGCUUGCCGGCCUGGGCCCCGACGAGCUGCGCGCGCUAGAGCGCGAUGGCGGCCUCCCCGCGCCGCGCCUGCUGCUCGCCGACAACCCCCUGCGUUGCGGCUGCGCUGCGCGCUCCCUGCUGGCCUGGAUGCGCAACGCCACGGAGCGCGUACCCGACGCGCGGCGCCUGCGCUGCGCCUCCCCGCGGGCGCUGUACGACCGGCCUUUCCUGGACCUGGACGAGGCGGGGCUGCGCUGCGCCGAAGGCGACGCCGACGGCCGCGGGGGAGAAGUGGAACUUGCCGGCCCGGAGCUGGAAGCCUCCUACGUCUUCUUCGGGCUGGUUCUGGCGCUCAUCGGCCUCAUCUUCCUAAUGGUGCUCUACCUAAACCGCCGUGGCAUCCAGCGCUGGAUGCGCAACUUGCGCGAGGCGUGCCGGGACCAGAUGGAGGGCUACCACUACCGCUACGAGCAGGACGCAGACCCGCGCCGCGCGCCCGCCUCGGCCGCCCCCGCCGGUUCUGGGGCCACUUCCCCCGGUUCGGUCCUCUGAGCUUCGCUUGUUGGGACUUGGGGGCUACCCCUGAUGACCUGUCCCGAGGCCGUGGGUAUGAGACACCCGCGAACUUGGGGCUUUGAGACCUACGCCUGACCGAUCUGAGACCUUUGGAUUAUGGCAUCUCCCCCACCUGGAGGCCCCAAGCUCUACCCCCCUCCCCAGCCUCUGAGAGCUGUCACCAUCAAAGAUCCAGAGACACUCUCUUCUGAUUCCAGAAACCCCAUCCACCCAUCCCAAGCUCUGACAGCCCUCCUGAACCACCAGAAGCCCCCUCCCCCUUUCAGCACUCACCCAGAGACCCUGUCCUUCAAUCCGAAGGCCCUGGGACUGCUUCCACUACCCUGUGCUUUGAACCCAGACCUCUCAGCAGGAAACAUCCCCCUAGACUACACUCCAGCUUGCAGCCCUCAGCUCCCUUCGAGGGCUCAGGGACCCUCACAUCCCAUUCUGGUCUCAGAAGCACAGCAACCCCACCAGAAGAUUUCUGUGGACUUUGAGCCUUUCUUCUCGUUUGGGAGCUCUUAACUCUCCAUCCUGCAUAGAACCUACAUCCUGGGAGUCUGAAGGUUGGGCACCCUCCCCCAAUCUGAGGAUGUAUUUCAUACCACCCACCACCCCAGCUCUUGCUCAGGCCCCUCCCUUCCUUGGCCCAGGCUUGGGGUUCAGCUCUUCUCUAUCUCUCCCAUCCGAGGGACAGGCACACCCCUUUAUAGCCUUAGCGUGGAGCUGAUCCUCAGCCUUUCCCACUUUUGGCUCUGAUACCCUAAUACUCAGUCCUUGUCCCCAAUCUCAAACUCUCAGCUCUUCACCCCGAUCUGAGUUUCUUCCCCCUGCCCAAGUCUUAGGCUCUCAAUUCCUCCUACAUCCGUCGCUUCCACUCAGUACCCACACAGCCACUCACUGGCUCAGGGUCCAGUGAGGAAUCCAUCCCUGGGAUAUGCCCAGCCCCCUUUCCUCUUAAGGAUGAGCUCUCUAGCCCUGCAAAACAGGCGCAGAUGUGAAGCACCCCGCAGCCAUACUAGCAGAUCCCCAUGGGAGAUCCUGGAGCAGAGAGUCCUGGGGGUGCAAAGUAGAUGGUCUGGCCUCACAACCAGGGUCACCCGACCAUUGUGCCACAGAGAGGGGUGGGGGAGGGGCUCUGAAGGGCUGGGAGCUGCUGGCCACAUUCUCUUUCCCACCCAUGUGACUCUUCUCCCUUGGAGAGUCCUCUCUGCCACCUCCCCACCGCUGUCCCCCCGUAUGCCUUCUGGAAGAGGAAGGGAAAAGCCCUCCGGUCCAGGGUCAGAGCCUCAGCGCCCUGCCUUCUUCAUGGUCCCAAAGCACAACUGGUGAGUGGGAGGGGCCGCCUCUCCCUGACUCCCAGCCCCUGGGUCAGGCAGAAUGGCUGGCCUGUGCUGCCUCUGCACGCAGGAAGUCACCUUCCUUCAACAUAUUGCCUGAGGCCUGCCUUCCCACCCCACCCUGGAAAUCUGGAUCUCCCUUGGGCAGUUUUCUAUAAAGUCUGCAAUAAUCUCAGAUACUCUGCUCUUGUAAACGGUGCCAUGUCAUUCCUGCUGACCUUGGGUCAUUAAAGGGGGUGGGAGGGGACACUUAGAGCAGUUUAGACCUUACUGAGGUGAAGCAGGGACUCUUGAUGUCUUCUCCCGGACUGUGGGAGAAGAAAAGGGCUCUGACUGUACCUAGUAAGCUUGAGGCUAGACACAUGGAGGGACUUCCCACUGGCAUGGCAUUGCUCCAAACCAGUUCGCUUUUUAUGCUGAGACAGUGUUAUCCGCAGCCAGGGUAGGGUCCUGCACUUUCUCUACAUCCUCUUACCCUUCGGUUCCUCAUCACUGCGGUGGGGUGGAGGGUCACGGGGGAAAUGUAGUUGGACUGACAGACACUAGCAUCAGAUGAGGCUAUCAGGGAACAAAUCCAGCUGCAGACAAUCAGAGGUAGUUAAUUCAGACAGAAAAGAGGAGGAAUCAUUAUUUGCUGCUUUGACAUCGUCCCCUCUGUUGAACUACCUGGUACUCCCUUAUGUCCUGUGUCACGCCACGCUCUCCUGGCUAGAGGGUUAAGACCUGCACCUUGGAUAUGUGAGAGGCUGAGAAGAGAGGUGGCCUAGCAGUGGGGGACGUGGAUAAAAUAGCCCCUUGAGAUAUGUGGAACAAGGAGACGGGUGGGUUCUGGGCCAGUAGGGCCAGGAUAAGAGGCUGUCUCCUACCUCAAGGUCCCCAGGCUGGAUUAUUUUACAUUCAGGGUCUCAGAGCCCUAGAACCACAUGGCAGAAGCCUAGAAUUCUGGCAUUUUAGAAUCUUACGGUUGUGUAAUUCUAGAAUUUUUUUUUUUUUUUUUUGGUACGUGGGCCUCUCACUGUUGUAGCCCCUCCCGUUGUGGAGCACAGGCUCCGGACAUGCAGGCUCAGCAGCCAUGGCUCACGGGCCCAGCCGCUCCGCGGCAUGUGGGAUCUUCCCGGACCAGGGCACGAACCCGUGUCCCCUGCAUCGGCAGGCGGACUCUCAACCACUACGCCACCGGGGAAGCCCUAAUUCUAGAAUUUGUGUCUUCUAAACAUUGAAAGGGACCUCAGAGGUAACGUGGGAAGGCUCAUAAACUGUAUAAGUGAGGAGCACCCUCUCUCGACGAGCUUACUCCCUCCCCUCCUGGGAGCAUCCCUUCGGUGCGGUGCCGGAGAAAUCUGCCUGGGACUCCCUGACAGUCCCAACUCUGCGCUGAGGCCAGGAGCACACCUCACCCCAGGACAGCUCUUCACAGAGUGGUUGGCAGGGCACGAGCCUCCUCAUCUUCUCCCAGCAAAUUCCCUACCCCUUCUCCCGGUCAUUCCUCGUGAGAAGGGGUUAAAUUCUCUUGAAGCAUUCCCAUCCAUCAGUGACCUUCAAAGGGUGCUUUGCCAGUCCCGUAGGGGGAAAUGGUGAUGUUCUCUCUAACACAGGUUAGAGAACUGUGUCUCUAACAGGUCACCCUGCCCACCACCCCACCCCACCCCCUGCCCCCGCCACCCAAUUCCAAAGACGUAAUGUAAUGUAGCCUAAGACUACAUUAAGUCCUGGCAAAUAAAACAUGCUGCUAGCUGUGGUACGCUGUCAGCAAAAAUCUUUGAGGGUUUUAGA